AUGGCUGAGGUUCAGGCUCGAUCACAGGCACCAUCCUCUCGUGGCCGAGGUGGUGGCCGCGGUGGCAGAGGAGGCUUCGCCAGCCGUACUUCUACGAACAGACGGACUAAUGGUGAUAAGUUGACGAAUGCAGAUGCGACCGCUUUCGAUGACGACGGUGAUGUUAGCCAACUCAGGAAGCAGUAUGGUUCAAAGCUCGACACUAUUAAAGAGCUCUUCCCGAACUGGUCGGAUGCCGAUAUUCUCUAUGCACUAAAAGAAACAGACGGUGAUGUUGAAGUCGCCGCUACACGAAUUGCUGAAGGUACCAUCUCCCAGUGGGACGAAGUAUCAAAGCAGAAGAAGACCACUACCCGUCCCAAGCCGAAGGAUGCUUCCACUUCAGCUGGCCUCGCCGAAUCGACCGGUAACAGCAGACCAGUUCGUGGCGGUCGCUCAGAUGGUGUACGAGGUGGUCGUGGCCGUGGUAAUGAGCGAGGUCGAGGAAGCGGUAGAGGCCGGGCAACUUCUCAUGCUACUACGAAUGGUCAACGGUUGAAGGAAAACCAACAACUAUCCGUUCCGACUGAAGAAUCCUCUGGGUGGGGAACUGCCAAUACCACUACUGAAGAAGCUGCUACCAAUGAUCAAGGCACCCCAGCCUGGGGAAUAACUGAUUCUACUACCGAAGCUACUGUUACUCCCACGCCUGCCACGCCUGCCACCGCUACUACUACUGAUUCGGCUCCUGCUAAACCCAGUGUUAUCCCGCAAGGUACACAGAAGACCUGGGCUAGCAUGUUACGCCAGUCGACCGCCCCGAAACCAGCACCGAAGCCGAAGGAAGCCCCUGCGCCCAAGCCCGCCGAAGUGUUGGAACCUCUUCCCCCCGCCGAACCUACCGCCGCUGCCGCCGCCCCCGCCGCCCCCGAGCCUGAAUCGCCGCCUGCGCCUGAGGAAACCCCGAAAGAGGCCGCCGAACAGCCUGCCCCCGCAGAGACACCUAAGGUUGUCGAGCCUGAAGUUACACUACCCCCUCCUGAAGACGAUUUGACCCGAGUCAACCUCGAGCAGCUACCCGACGAAUCUCAACCCCCAAAUACCGCUACAGCUGCUAGCACAGCCGCAGAUUCCUGGGAUCCCAGACAACCGCAGCAUAGUGCUACGGCGACUCCGCUCUCGGCUUCCCAGGCGCAGCACCAAGCUACACGCCCCGCUGCUAGUGGGUUUGCGACAACCGCGAUUAAGGCAACCGAACGUCCUGCCCCUCGCAUGCCUAGUUAUCAAAAGCGUCUUCUUGAGCAGGAAGAAGCGGUCCGAAUGCCUGGGAAUCGCGAGGUCGAUCGUGCCGCCGUACAAUUCGGUGCUUUCAGCCUAAACGGAAUUGAAGAUGAUAUCGAUGGUGACCGUGAAGAUCCUGAAACUAGAACUCAACCGCCACCUGAAUCUCCGAUCGCCGUUCCCCGUGCCUCAUUGCCUCCGGUGUCUCAACCUGCAGCAGUACCCGACGCAUUUGCGGCUACUCAGAAGCCUGCUACAUCUUUACCCUCAGCACCCAGCGUAACUGGUAGAGCACCCUUUCACCGUUCUCAGAAGAAGAAGCUCACUAACCGUCGUCUAGCGACACCCGUGGCCCCACCGACCGGCCCCGCUGCUAUUACAACUCAGCGUAUGUCGCAGUAUCCCCAAGUCAGUCACCCUACUAAUAUUCUUACAGCGCCGCAAGCGCCCUCGAGCAACCAGCAAUUUGGACGCUAUAGUCAAGCCAGUGCGCAAGAACCGGCCGGCUUCCCGCAGAAAUCAUUCGAUACCUUCGGUCAGCAGACUGCUACCAGCUCGGCUGGUCUCGAUAACUUUCCAACUCCUACAACUCAGGCCUCAGGACCGCAAACUGGCGGCGCAUUUAGCUCCACACCGGGUGAUUACCCGCCUUAUUCAAAUGACCCGCAGCUUCGUAGUUCAUACAAUAGUUAUUACCAGCAGCAGCAGCAGCAAUAUGGGCAACAGCAUACUGGCCAAAGCCAUCACGAGACUUCGAACGCUUCAAACCGUGGAUUUAGUAGCUACAACGCUGGUCAGAAUGAUAAUCUAAGUCAGUACCCGCAGAGCGGCGCUCAACAGACUAGAUAUGGAGCUGCUGCUUCUGCCGAGUCUCACAACAGCGGCCACAAUACACCAAAUCCUAUCGGUCAAGGCGGCCAACAGGCUUCGAGCCAAGCUACCCAGCCUCAGUCCAACCUUCAUCAGCAGCCGCAUGCUAAUCAAUAUCCCUAUUCACACCCGUACUACUCGAGUCCGUACUACGCCCAGUACAUGAGCCAGUAUGGCGGUGCUUAUGGACAGGGAGCAUACGGCAGCCCAUACGGUAAAGGGGGGCUUUAUGGACAACCCCAUCAGUACGGAAUGUCCCCACAGGGUCCUUAUGAACAUGCCUCUUCUCCCGCAACAAGCGGCUUUGGUCAGUCCUCUCUCGGUGGCCGUGAUAGCGCAAUAGCUUCCGGCAUCGAUAACUAUGGCCGCGCAGGCUCCACUCAGACGGGCGCGCCAGGCGGUCUUGGUGGCAGCGGAUUCGGCGGGAUGCACGACACGUUCGGACGUGGUUCUGCUUACCCCUCUCAGGCCGGGCAGUCUUUCAACGCUCCGAAUGCACCUGCUUCAAGUACGGGGCCUGUAAACGACGACUUGAAACCGUAUGGCGACUCGAAGGCUGCUGGUGGACCUAGCCCUUCCCUCAGCGCCGCCGCAAGACCGGGUUCUGCUACAAACACUGCCGCAGCAUCCGGCCUUCCACCUCCCCAGUCAGCCCAGCAAGGUAUGGGCGGAUAUGGAGGGUACCCUAGUCAUCUGAGCCACGGUCUACACGGCAACCAGUCUGCAGGGAGCGCCUAUGGCCUCGGGGGCACUGCUGGCCAAGGGCACGGCAAUGGUCCCUACGGGGGUUACGGAGGCAACCAAGGUUUCGGGAAUUACUACGGCGGCCGGCAACAGCAAGGCUGGGGUGGUAACUACCACUAA